GGGUUUUGCGUGUUCUGGCCAAUGGGCGUGCGGGAUGCAGAGAUAAAGGUCUGCAUAUGAUUACCAUGUGGUUAUAGAAGGUGUUUAGUAUCGAUCCAGUAUCUGCUGGGUAGGUUACUUCUAAACUCGCGCUGUGGACCUGCAGGGUGGACUAUCUGAUCCUUUGUGACGGGAAUAGUAUCUCUGUAACAACAUGCCUAAAAGGAAGUCUGCCGAAGGGGCCGGUACCAAGGACGCCUCGAAAGUGACUAAGCAGGAGGUCGCUAAGCAGGAGGUCGCUAAGCAGGAGGUCGCUAAGCAGGAGGUCGCUAAGCAGGAGCCCACCAGACGGUCAGAGAGGUUGUCAUCGAAACCAGCUCCUCCCAAACCGGUUGAGGUCAAGCCUAAGAAGGCUAUCGCCAAGAAGCCGGUGGACAAGGACGUGAAGGGAAAGAAAGGAGGAGCUAAGGUGAAGAGGGAAGAUGGCCCCUCCCAUAACCGACAGACCAUGACAGAGAUCUGUGUGUCUCGUUCCAGUGUCAGUGUGACCUACUACAGAAGUCUUGCUCCCUACUCCAUGUCUGUCAGAGGACAGAGUGAGACAGUCCGAGUGAACGGAGACUGAUGCCGUGGGGGCGGGGUCUGACGAGGAGAAGGAAUGAGGAAAUUGGGGGUGUGUCUUUCUCUGACUUCUCCCAAACCGGUACCAUGGAAACGAAGAAAGGAUCUUUUUUUACGAGGAUUUUGUAAAAUGCAGAAUUGUUUUUUUUGGGGGGGGUCCUGUGAUAUUAACGAAGAUAAACUUAAUACCCCACGUCCACACUCCUUGCAGUUCUAUCACUCUCUCUCUCUCUCUCUCUCUCUCUCUCUCUCUCUCUCUCUCUCUCUCUCUCUCUCUCUCUCUCUCUCUCUCUCUCUCUCUCUCUCUCUCUCUCUCUCUC